UGAAGGAUUUCGGACCCGAGCAGCGCCGAGCUUUAAGGCUGAAGAAGAGUUCAACAACAUGCCGAGAUCUUUCCUGGUGAAAAGCAAAAGGGCCCACAGCUACCACCAGCACCGCUACUUCGACGAUGACUACAGUAGACUGGACACUAUUAUGGCUGAUGUGUGCGCAGAAACAAAAUCUCAAGCCGAGUUCGAUUCCAAUCUGGAGCAGGAAGACGUGAGGACCGGCGCUGACAGACUGUCCCCUGGGUCGCGGCUGAGGUCCCCGAGGUCUCUGUCCUCCAGCUCCCCGCUGAGCUGCGGAGGCAGCGCCUGUGACCGGUCCUCCGACUGUGAUUUCUGGCGUCCCCCGUCCCCCUCGUCCUCACCAGAUUCUGAGAAAUGCUCCACUCCUGCAGGGGAGGACGGUCACUCGAACAUGCCAAUUUUCCCGUACUCCUGGUCGGCAUACUCAGGAACCGAGCUGAGACAUCUGGUUCAGGGGUCUUAUCACCACCACCUCCAGAGCCACAGGGAGUCCCAGUCACCUAUCAGCAUCUACAGGGGAGAGGACAGCGGCAGCGAGUCCCUUUAUGUACAGCGGGGCCUCGCGGCCGGAUGUUACCAGGGUUAUUCUUCAACGGCCCAAAUCUGCAGGAUGCGGGACAGAGACGAGCUGUAUCUGGAUGCGAAGCAACAGGCCCGCGUGGCGGAAAUCAAGUCUGAGAACGAUUUUAUCCGCGCAAACCUCGAGUCGAGUGGAUCAUACAAGUGCAUUAAAUGUUGCAAGGUGUUCUCCACGCCUCACGGGCUGGAAGUUCACGUGCGGCGGUCGCACAGCGGCACGCGGCCGUUUGAGUGUGGGAUAUGCGGAAAAACCUUCGGACACGCAGUGAGCUUGGAUCAGCACAGAGCGGUUCACUCGCAGGAGAGGAGCUUCAGCUGUAAGAUCUGCGGCAAAAGCUUCAAGCGCUCUUCAACCCUCUCUACGCACCUGCUCAUCCAUUCCGACACGCGGCCUUAUCCUUGCCAGUACUGCGGGAAAAGGUUCCACCAAAAGUCAGACAUGAAAAAACACACUUUCAUUCACACAGGUGAGAAGCCGCACAAGUGCCAGGUGUGCGGGAAGGCCUUCAGUCAGAGCUCCAACCUCAUCACGCACAGCAGGAAACACACAGGCUUCAAGCCCUUCGGCUGUGACCUCUGCGGGAAAGGUUUCCAGAGGAAAGUGGACCUGAGGAGGCACAAAGAGACGCAGCACGGACUGAAAUAAGCAGGAGUUCACGAAACUUGUGGCGCUUUAAGUUUGCUGUAAUUGGUUUAUUUUCCCCCUACUUAGCCUAAGAUACGCUGAUUGUUUAUUUAUCUGUUGUGUUUUUAUUAUUAUAUAUAAAAAAAACAACUAAAUAAUUUCACAAGCUUUUAUAAGCUUACCGUGCUGUUUUAGUCAGCCUUUU